AUGCUCAAGCGGCCUCAUGGGCGAGCCUCGCCAGCGCUGCCGCUGUUCGAGGCGCGUCGGCACAAGGGCAGCGCCUGCGGCUGGUGCUUGUCGCUCGGGUUGCGUCUGGCGCUGGUGGGUUCGCUGGUGCUGCUCAUCUGCGGCUUCGUUGGGCUGGUGCUGUGGCAGGGCACCGGCGGUGGGGCAGAUGGCGACGGUGGUUCAGUCGAGGUGAGCCUCAGCUCACGAGAAGAAGAAGGGGAGCGGUUGGUGAUGCCACCAACAGAGGUCAGCCCCUGGGGCAAGAAGGCGGCCAGCGAGCGAGGCGUCGACGGAGCGAAGAGGGCGGACGACUGGUUCCAGAACUGGGCGGCCAGGCAGGAGUCCGCUGGUGAAGAUGAUGAGCCGCAGCUCACCACCACCGGCACUCGAAAGACAGACGAGGAGGUGAAGAGGCCUUCGAGCAAGGGAGGAGGUGCGAAGAAGUCGGCCGACGCGGCUCUGCCUCGCUCGCCGUGUCCCUACUUUGCCAGCAUCAACGCCACGUCGGUGGUGGUGCAUUGGCAGCACCAUAGCACCGAGGCCCUGUGGUGCGAGCUCAAGGCCAAGCCGACCCACGGCACCGCACGGACACAGUUGGUCUACGAGGGCGUGGACACGCACGCAGAGUUGCGGGUCCUGAAGCCCGUGACGGAGUACCGGUUCAGCCUGCUGUGCCGCCGCAGCGAGGAGAGCAGGGAGAAGACCAUGCGCGCGUGCGGGCGGAGACUGACCACGCGCGGCGCGCACAACCUGGUGGCCAACCCGUCCUUCGAGGACCGCGGCCCCCAGCACUACGUCAAGUACUUCGACCCGAACUACAUGAAGAUCGACCCCAACUCCUUCCCGGCCUACUGGCACUCCAUGAUGACCCCCAUCGACAGGGCGAUGACCGGCACCUCGUCGAUGUGCUUCAAGUCGCCGGACAAGGCUAACUACAAGUACGGCGCGUCGCAGUUCGUUCUCAUCAAUGCCACCACAGCCCAAACCACGAGGCAAGGCGGUGAAGAGAACGAAGACAGCGACCACGAUGAAGAGGGAGAUGAGGCGGAGCUCGGAGGGGCGACGACCAAGAGGUAUCUGCUGCUCUCGGCCUGGAGUGCGGCCAAGGACGUGAGCGGCAAGCGGGACGGGGGCUACGGCAUCGGCCUGCAGAUCAAGUUCGCCGACGGCUCGCACUCCUACGGCCACAAGAUGACGUGGCGGACCGAAGACCACCGUUGGGAAAAGGAGUGCAUGGUCAUCGAAACCGAAAAGGACGUGAUGUCUGUAAAUAUAUUUAUCCUGUUUCUGGACCACGCCGGCACGGUCUGGUUCGACGACCUCUUCCUGGCCGCCACGACAAUCAUCGAGCCGGGCUUUGAGGGGUGCCGGGUCGAGCGAGCCGACACCCCCGUGCGGCACGGAUGCUGUCCCAACCGAUACACCGUCCGCUCUGCCCUCUCCCCGGACCCGAAGGGAGUGUCGAUUGCGACGCAGCUCACGAUCGACCGGUUGCCCUCGCUGCGCAUGAUGGCCCAGAACUGGGACGGUCCCAUUUCGGCGGCGGUGUUUGUGAUGGACGAGGCCGAGGUGGACGAGGUCCUCUACUUCCGGUCGACGUGGGACAAGCUCGCCGACAACAUCGACUUCCAUCUGGUCAUCAGCGAGAGGAACUACGCGUACAAGACGCUGGGGCUCUACCCGGUCAACACCCUGCGCAACAUCGCGCUGGCCCGGUGCCGCACCGAGCACGCCCUGAUCCUCGAUGCCGACUUCAUCCCCUCCCCCGACUCCCACAGCGUCAUCAUGGACAUGAUGCCCCGGUUGGGCCGCAUCAGCGAAGGCGCUCAAGAGCCGGACAGCCCCGGCGUCGUCUGGGUCGUACCCGCCUUCGAGAUCGAGCCUGGGGUGCCAUUGCCAGACUCGAGGAAGGAGCUGGUGGAGAUGUCCCGCCGGGACCUGAUACGGCAGGUGCACGAGGUCAAGUGGGCCCCCGCCCACGCGCCCACCAACUACACCGCGUGGAUGAACAGCUCCGAGCCCUACGAGAUCACCUUCCGGCCCGAGUACGAGCCCUACAUGAUGGUCCCACGCGACUCCGUGCCCCUGUAUGAUGAGCGGUUCAUCGGCUACGGCUACGACAAGGUGGCGCAGGCCACGGAGCUCAACAUCGCCGGCUACCGCUUCUUCGGCCUCCCCGAGGUCUUUGUGAUUCACUACGACCACGGCGUGCCCAAGUGGCGAGGCAAGGGCGAUGUGAAUUUCUACUCGUUCCUGGGCGAGGUGGAGCUGGCCUACAAGACGUGGCCGCCACGACGGCACAGCCGCCAACCGGAGCGGGUGGCCGAGUACGAUGCGGACACCGACGCCGACGUCAUCAAGGCCGCCUUCAAGAAGAAGCAGACCCCUCCCGCUUCUUCUUGA